UUGACCAAUCAUAAUCAAGUAUUCAACAAAGACGUGUAAUAAUCAAUGUUAAGAAUAACAAACGGUGGAAGAAAUGUUAAAAAUCUGUCACAAAUAGUUUACAACUUUUACAUUUUUAACAAAACAAGUCACUUUUAAUGGAUGUAAAACAGUUCAUUAUACUGCUGGGUUUUCAGCAUCUAAUUAAAUGCUCCAAAACACUGUUUAAUAUUCUGUUCUUGUUUAUUUCAUCUUCAGCAGAUAUGCCUGAAGAAAAACACAAUUGAUUUAAGUCUGCCGUCUCCAGGGACGACCAUCUCGGCGAAGAGCUUCACUCCUCCGUCAGUGUGAUUAGCCCCACAGGAGCGAGUGUGGCCUGAGGUGGAGCCAGCAGCAGAGGGAGAAUCCUUUUACAGUUACAGAAUCAUGUCGAGAAAUGUAUCUUCACCGCUGAACUCGACUUCUCUCCCGACCCGACUCCCUCUCAACGCCACCGCUGACCUCAACGCCACAGUGAAACCCUUCAGUGUGGUCGACGGGUGCGAUGAGCAGGUAGAAGGCAUUCUCUUUGACCUGACCCUGCAGUGCAUCAACGUAAUCGUGGGAAUCCCGACCAACUUGCUUGUCAUUGCGAUCCUCAUCCGUAAUCGCAAAACACCCACCACGUCUGACAUAUUCUUGGGCUGCCUGGCCUUGAUGGACGCCUACUUCGGUGCCAUGACCCCCAUCAUCUUCCUUAACAUCUACCUCUGGCAGAGCAGAGAGGUGUGGUCCGCCAUCAAGUUCUCCUACGGCGUUAAAGACACGAGCGGGCCGUUGUUUCUCUCCUGUAUCUGCCUGGAUCGCUUCGUGGCUGUGCUCUUCCCAAUUAUGUUUGGGCGGCUCAAGCACAUCAAGUACAGGUUGAGCCUCUCAGUGCUGGUGUACUGCCUCACCUUUGCCUACUCCGCAGCCAAGGUCGUGGGAGGCCUCCCCAACUUCGAGAAAGUGUUCACCGGCGAGAUCCUGGCGGCGUUUACUUGGAUGGCCGUGUGUAACGUGAGCAUCCUGUGGGCCCUGAAGAAGUCCCGUGGACCAGGGAAAGACGAGAUGCAACCCUUGAAGAAGAGGGCCUUCAAGAUGGUGCUCUCUAUCCUUUGUAUCAUCAUAUGUAACUACCUGCCGCUUGUAGCACUGUUUCCUUUUGAAGACUACUACUCCCCGGAUGUGUUUCGCUGCUACGUGCAGCCUGUGGGCUUCGCUUUCCUCAACAUCAGCAGCACCAUCCAGCCGCUCGUCUAUCUGUCUCGUCUGGAGAAGGUGCCUUUCCUCUCAGAUGCCAAGUGCUGCAGCUGUGUCUCUGUGGAGAACAACCAAACACCACCUGCACAGAACUCACCUGCUUAAGAGACCUAAUACACAUACUGGACAUCACGGAUGCUCAGUUUAACAUCUGUCUCUAAAGACAAGCUGUGAGAGAAGACACUGAAUACUGUGAAUAUACAAGACAACUGUGAAUUCAUGUUUUUUUUCUGUGACUUGUCUGAUUAUUUUUAAAAUGUGUGUUUUAACUAGGGCUGUCAAAGUCAACGCGAUAAUGCAAAUUUGUUUUAACGCCACUAAUUUCUUUAACGAAUUAACGCAACUAGUUAAUUAACCACUUAAAAAAUCAGAUGGGCCGCCGUCGGUCUUUCCGAUGUUGUAGCGGGUUUCUGGACAAUAUUUGUCAUUGUUUUGUGUUUUUAAUUGAUUUCCAACAAUAAAUUCUGUACAUAAAUUUGCAUAAAGCAAGCAUAUUUCCCCACUCCCAUGUUGAUAAUAAGGGGC